UCUGUGACUCUUUCAUAACGCACAGCUGCCUCACUGACGGCUGCAGGAGGUUUAUAGUUGAGAUAUCCCGGGUAGUAGAGCAUAGGUAAAUGUAACAUCACAUGAUUGCUGCGCUCGCUCAGUGCUCCGCGUCUCUUCCUGAGCAGAAGGCAGCAGCAGGAGCCGCAGCCGCAGCAGCAGCCGGGGCUUCAUGUAAACACACCGUGCACAGGGCUUUGUUUCCCACACGCUCCUCCGGCAUCCCCCAGCUAGUCAUGCCAUGGAUAUUUUGUGGCAAUACCAGUUCAGGAUCAUUUUACUCGGGGAUUCCACGGUGGGGAAGUCGUCGCUGCUGAAGCGCUUCACGGACGGGAUUUACAGUGAUGUGGCGGAUCCGACGGUCGGGGUAGAUUUCUAUGCCCGCUCGCUUGACAUCGAACCCGGGGUGAAAAUCAAGCUGCAGCUCUGGGACACGGCCGGACAGGAGCGAUUCAGGUCCAUCACAACAUCAUACUACCGUAACUCCGUGGGCGGGCUACUUGUCUUCGAUCUCACUAAUCGCAAGACCUUUGACCAUGUGCGGGAGUGGCACAAGGAGGUGAGUGAGCACAUCCUGCCCCAUCACAUGGUCUACAUCCUCAUCGGCCACAAGAGUGACCUCAACAAGGACCGCAAGGUGAGCCGGGACGAGGCGGAGCAGCUGGCAGCCGAGCUGGGCAUCCGCUACGUGGAGACAUCGGCCAAGUGCAACAGCAACGUCGACCGGGCCUUCGAGCUGCUCACCAGAGACAUCUACGAGCUGAUGAAGAUGGGGGAGAUCGUCACCCGCGACGGCUGGGACGGGGUGAAGAGUGGCCUCACCGCCAAGGUCCUCUACCCGGCCGACGACGAAGAGGAACUAGCUACUGCGGUCACUGAAAAGGGCUGCCACUGCUGACUGUGAACUCUCCGUAUCUAAACACUGUCCUGUCGCACCAAGAGCUCACCUUGUCUCACAAGCCGUGUUUCCAUAAACAUAUUUUUAUGCACAUUUUGAAGUAUUAGUUAGAAAAGCUUUAUGGAAACGACAAAUGCUGAUAAAAUUCGCUCACACAAAAAAGUUUUGAUGCUUGCUAGAGGUGGUUUUUGCCUUCUUGGAAAGAGAGGUUAUCCAAUAAAUAGGAUAUGGAAACGCCCUCACCGAAUAUGUUCUGACAUAGCAAAGUGAAUCCAGAGACUGAUCAGCUGUUUGUGAUGUGGGCGUCUUACCAUGCGUAAAAGUCAUUGCAUUAAUUUGUCUUCACACGGCCAACCAGCCAACAUAAGCGACCAGUUAAAACUUGCCCAAUUGAUGCAAAGAGCUCUCUCCGUCUUUUUCUCAUAGAUUAGUUAAUUGGCCAAAGUGUCUUGUUUUGUGGAAGCCUGUACCGCCAACUAAUGGCAAAACUACACCAUCACUUGCACCAUCUAGUUUAUUUGCUCCGAACCAGUCAUUGGAGGCGCGUUUAAUUUGCAUUUCUUUUUUGCAACGUUUCAAAAAUUCGUUUAAACUUUGUUUGACAUUUCAAUGGAAACACGGCUACAGCUGUCCACUGAAACCAAGCCACCCAGGCUCAACACCUUGUGAUAUCACCAUCCAUCACUUCCUCACCUUGUGCUUCUUGCCCUCUCUAUGUGUGGAUUCUUCUGACAACUGGGAUUCUUUUCUAACAGGGGGCCAUUGUACAUCCCGAUGUGUACUUUAUAGGCAAGUUGUGUCUCUAAAUCCAUGUGGUGUAGCAUGAGCUGAGCUGUUUUGGGCCUCGUUAGGUUUGGAAAACACAGAAAGCAUGCAGAAGUGAUGGGGCUUAGAGUGAAGCCAAUACUGCUUUUCACAGCCCUGGAGUUAAUGGACCACUGAGUAUUCUGAAGGUACAUUUCAUACAGCACUAUUGUGGGUUUCUACCUGUCAACGUUCGUGCGAUGCUUUGCCUGCAAUUUCUUGUGACUGUAAUAUUGUAAAUAAUAGUGAAAUAUAUAGAGAUGAAAGCUAAAAGGUCACUGAAAGCUAUUUAACUGAUCAUGUGAACACACACAGUGCACUCUACAAUAGGUGUCACCAUGUUAAAUCAAUGUGCUCCUUCUGCUACUGUAAGCUGUAUGUGCACUUACGCCAAACUGACUUAAACCUUUGAUCAUUCUGUGAAUAGAUAAGUAAUGUUUUUGUAAAAAAAAAAAAAAAAAGACUAUUUCUAGUUAAGGUGUAUACAUAAAGAUAGGCCAUAGUAUUUAGGAUAGGUGGUACCACGUAGGUAUUUGUAUCAUAGCAUCAGCAGGAGCAAGACAUCAAGUGUGUUACCUCUCAGUCAUCAGACCUUUAAUCAGCAGUAGUAAAGACGUGUUUGACUAAGAACAAAGGGGAGUUUGAGUCUCACUUGCAGCUGUUUGUAGCUCAUGCAAACAGCUGCUUCUUUAGUUCAAAGCUUUAUCCACAAAAAUGAUAUUCUAUUCAGGCUAAUGUGGCCAGCUUCUGUGGGCCUAUAUGUUAUGCUGUAUCCCAGAAGUUUCAGGAGGAAAUGUUGGUGUAUAUGUGGAAAAAAAGUCAACUUCCAAGUAGGAAACCUAGGCAACACUAAGAUGUCACGUUAACAUCUCAUUAUAUACCACUAAAGCUGAUUAGCAUUUCUGUUAACAUGGUUGUUACUGUCUUGCAAACCCACUACAGAUCAACAGGCUCAGCAGUCGAUAUGACAUGAAAACACAGCACCCUGGAUUGGGUUUUGGCAAAGGACCUUUGCCCCGUCACAUUUAUUUCCUGCCUGACAAAAUGCUUGAUUUGAUCUUUGCGGGGGAAGCAAGUAUUUCCACAAGUUAGAUGAGAAAAUUUAUAUCUGUCUAUGCAUUAAGUACGGAGCAUGACCCAGGAAGCGAUUAGCCUAGCUUAGCCUUAACACUGCUCAGUGGCGCAUUAUGCCCAAAAAGUUCAACUGCCGCGUAUAAAAUUUCCUGGAUUAUUGGCACUCUUCCACACUGUAUGGCCUAAAGAGCAAGCACACUGAAACUUUCCUGGGGUGAGCCUGCUACUUCCGGUUUAGUGCUCCAUUAACUUGAAUGGGGAUAAAACAAUUCAAUCUUGCAGCUCCUGCGGAUUCUCCAAAUGUUAUUGCACCAAAUUGAUCAAAUCUUGAUUGUGAAAUGAGUCAUUUCACACUCAAAAAUUGUAUCCAAUGAUUUACAGACAUCUCUUUCAUAACAUCUGUGGGGAAAAACUCUCUUUGAGCCUCAUGGCAACACAUGACGGAUGUAAUAGCACUCUUUGGCCGCUACAAAAAUUGGCUUCAAAGCUCAGCACCCUUCCUGAGGGCCUGGGACAAACCAGCUGCAGUGAUUUCCUGGUGUCUUGUCAGUAGGCGUUUCUCAGUCUGCUUUCUUGCCUCUACUUGUGUUCUUGGGGACUUGUGAAACGUCAUCAGUCACAGCCCAAGUACUGUUCCAAUUCAAAGUCUGCAUCCAGUCAAGUACAGUCCAAAUGCCCAGAUGUGAACUUGCUCUGCCCGUUCCAUCGGGGAUGCAUCGGGAGGUGACUUGUGUGGACUUUUGACAGCCAGGUAUCCCAGAAUGCAUUUCUCACAGACCAGCGGCAAUGGCAGCCAUCUGUGGGAGUUUGUACUCCCGAGUCGAACUUGCCAAAUCCGAACUCCCAAGUGUGCAAGUUCGAACUUGGCAUACUUGGUAUUGAGAAACGCCAAGUGACUUGAGUGAGGUUGAAGUGUGGUUAAAUUGUGCCGGUAGAGACGCUAACAUCUGUGCUCACUGACUAUCAACUGUUUUUCACAAGGAUGCUUAACCUAAGUGAAAUAGUUACAGCACACUGCUAUGCCUAAGCAGGUUGAUCUCACUCUCAGGGUGUCAAAUUAUGCCGCUCUGGCAGUGUCCCCAGCGUCAUGGUAACCUUUAGUGUCUAUAUGAGAUGCAGCAGGCUUUUGGCGAACCCUAAUAUAAACCUAUCUGCGUUUUUAGACGUUCAGAACAAUGGACAUAGUAUAAAGAGCAGGAAAGUUUGCUUAGGGUGGGUGGAUGGGUCCAACAAGGACAGGACUUUGACUCAGGAGACUGGUGUUUGUGUCUUGUGUAAAAACUUUAAGUGGACAAGUUAUUUUGUCACGUCAGACGGUAGUCACAUGAGUCGUCAGUCACACAAGGGACUAUCAUCAUCCGCAAUCUUUCUGUAACCAUUAUGAAGUCGUUUUGUUCCCUGACCCUAACUGCCUACUCAACCCCUUCUGCAUCAAGAUACAACGCAAAAGGCCUCUGCCCAAGCAUCAAAAUAUGAGGAGUAGGGAUGUAAAACUAGACAUUGUCUUUUUUUAAAUUUCUGUUUGGGUACAAAUUAAAUAAAUAAGACACAAUGCGUUGUUUGCUUCAUGCUUGGCUGGUCACCUUCUCACUCCAGCUCUGUAUUUAAUGCAAAGACAUGAGAAUGGUAUUAGUUUGUUCAUAUAACUCCCACAAUGAAAACAAAUAAGUGUAUUUAUGUCUUAAAAGCUUUUAAAAUACUCUUGUUACUCAUGAAAAUCUGACUGAAGUGAUUGCUAACAUCCGUUAACUUUCAAUGCCAGGAUUUUCACUAACCCUGAAGCUGCACUUCAAGUUGCUUGAAUUCUUUGUUAACUAAGUCAUUUUGACAUACCACACAUAAGCCUCUACACUGGUAAGAGUAUUUGGGAUUUACGGACUUGUGACAGUAAUAACACCAGCUGUAAUGGAGCCUGUUACGGCCAGCUUGCUGUUCUUAGCUGCAUUUACGAUGAAAGCAUGUCUGUGCACACCACUUCCACACAUAGCAGUAACUACCUUUGACACAGAGGAUCACGUACGCUUCAAGUCUCCAGAGCCUUUUGACUGCAGACGCUAUUAAUCUGCUGUUUAAAGGCCCGGAGCGAACAAUAAACUAGAGUGGUCUUUGCCUGGGAACUCACCUCCAGUCCCACCACUUAUUCACCUUUCACCAGCAUCUCACCAAAAAACCUGUUCACACCCACACUGUAAACAGCAAGAGAUUAUGCAUUCUGUAGUUUUGACUCAUGUUUGUCAUUGGGUUGAUAAAAGCUGUAUGAGUGAUUCAGUAAUUUUAAUACAUUUGCAGCAUCCCUUUAUUUUAACUUGUCUGUACAGAUCCAAACCGAUGCUUCCUGCUAAAUCAUCACUCGACAGCCAUGUUUAAAUACAGUCGUAUCCACACUAUAUGUUUUUGUUUGUUCGACAAUCACAUGUUAACAUUUUGUGUUCUUGGUACAGGUGAGGAAUACUAUGCCUUGAAAUCUGGCUACACAUCCUUGUACCAUCAGAAAUCACGAGAGUGACUGUGUUUAAUACUGCAACUACGUUUUUGUCUCACAUCUAAACAGGGUUCAAAUGUACAAUAUUGACUGAAUUUGUAUGUUAAUGCUGUGCCGUUAGCAAACUGUUCUCCAGUGAGCAUGACUCCCAUUCCUGAGCACUGCGUGGUGUGAAGAUGGCAGCCGAGGAGCGUUCUUCGGAAAGCGCUACGUACAUUUAAAGGCAAACACUGGAAGGACACCAAGAAGAAAUUGCUUUUUGAGAGACGGACUCUAUGGGAAGAAAUAAGCUUAUUCUCAUCAACCAUUACUAGAAUAUCCAGCAAUGAUAUAUAGUUAAAAACUGUAUUAAAAUACAAAAGCAUUUGUAACCUUACAAACAGUGACCAUCCUGUGUGUAGACCAUAAUGGUGAUGGUGGUGGCCAUACUCAAGCUUCAGUCCAGAUCCAGCCUCUCUCUUACUGUAAAGGGGUAGUUCAACAUUUUGGUUGCUUUCUUCAGGGCCGGCCGCGUACUGUUGUGGGCCCUAUGCAGGAUUUGAUUCCAGGGCCCCCAGUAUUGUAAUGUGUUGCCACUUCACAUGGCACCGAAUCAACCUGUGUUGCAUCUAGUCCAGGUUGUGUUGACUUUUGUUUUUGUCUUGUUCAUCAGUUUUGUUAUAUUGAUCAUAUCUAACACAAUCCCCAAGUGUGGGUUGUUUGUUUUUUUUACCCCAGAGUCCUCCUGGGAGUGCUUGUUUCAUAGGGGG